GCCUAGCUACACAGUACCAGAAGUUGACAUCUGCAUAGCUACACCGCACCAGACGUUGACACGCAAACGUUGAACAGUCAUAAAUCAUCUGUUGCCAUCACACAGAAAACCGAACAAAAUGUUUCUUACUACUAUAAUUAUAUCAUUGAUUUCAAUGUCAGCGGCUGCGCCCGUGUUUACUGAGGAACCAGUCGACGUAGUAAAAUAUUGUCAUGGAAAGCCUGCUGACAUAUUCUUUUUACUAGAUAGUUCCUCUAGUAUAUGGAUCGUACACUACCGGGAACAGUUGAAGUUCUUACACGAUAUCGUCUCCAGCUUUCCAAUCUCCAUGACGGGCACUAGAAUCGGCGUUGGCAUUUUCUCACAUCUGUACAAUACGCAAAUAUCAUUUAACGACUUUGAUAAUGUGGAGGACCUCCAAGACAGGAUAAAGAGGAUUCCUCACAUGAAGGGUAGCACUUUUACAGGAAAAGCUCUGACGAAUGUUCGUGAGGAGUUUGUGAGGAACGGAAGGCCAGGCGUGGCACAAAUUGUUGUUGUCCUUACUGACGGAGCGUCCAGAAACCCAGCAUCAACCAUGAAACAGGCAAAACUCCUUAAGGAACAAGGUGUAUAUGUGUUCGCCAUAGGAAUCGGUAAAGGACCGAACAUGAAAGAACUUCAAGCCAUUGGCAGCAUACCUAGCGAUGAGUUCGUCUACAGAAUUGCAGGUUUCCAUGUGCUGAAAUUCAUCAAGGAUAAACUGGCCAUGAAAGUAUGCAGAGUUCCGAAAUAUCAAGCCUACUGUAGCGCAGAACAGGAGACCGAUGUGAUGUUUGCUUUCGAUUCUGCAUCCAUGGGAACAAAGAACGUGCGACAUGCACAGAACUUCAUCAGUAACGUUGUCGGAAAAUUUGGAAACAUGGCUGAAGGAAUGAUAAGGGCUGGAAUGUUGUCAGGAUUUUGUGAAAGUAAUCGAAUUGAUCUUAACCAGUACAGCAACAAAGAAGAGAUGUCCAGCGCUGUCCGAAACACCCAGGUUAGAGGUCUUGACUACAUCGUUGAAGAACUCCAUCGCCACAGUUACAACGUCUCCAGAGGAGGACGGGAAAAUGCUAGAAAAAUGGCAGUACUUUUUGUGGACGAUAGUGUAGAAAAAUUUGACCAUCUUAUUAUCCAGUCAGAGAGAGCAAAGGCGGCAGGUAUCAGGGUGUAUGUAGUAGGAGUUGGUGACGUGGACGAGGAAAUUCUCAGUACCAUUUGCUCAAGUCCUCCUGAAAAACAUGUGAUGCGUGUGUCGUCGUAUAAUGCCUUGGAUUCUAUAUCGGAUGAGUACUCAGAACUCUUCUGUGAAGAAAUGUCAGUCUUACCCGACUAUGAAUAACCUCAUGAUAAAGCACAGUUAAACAUCAAAAGAAGAAAUGAACGAACGAGCAGAGCGCAGUCAUCUUGACAUCCAGGCACAAAACGGUACAGCCAAUACCAGUGGUCAGUAUUGGACAUUACUCCAGGGUGUUUAUGGAAUUCACCAGUAGACGACAAUGUGGUGGAAGGUCGUGGAAACCAUCAAUGGACAAUGUAACCUUCAUCAUUGGAUCCCUAAUUACGCGUGGUCGAAAUUGGACAUUAUCUGUGGACAUCGAUCUGUAAAGAUAUACAAAUACCUCUGAAGUGAAGACGACGGUAUUUGGAACGAAGGGAAACAGUUCUCUUUUGAAACAAUUAAACGAUGGAUAUAAGAUAUCUUGAGAAACAACUAGAAAAGUAGUAAUUCAGUAACAUAAAUCAUCAUAUACUUUGAUACUGUUAUAUAUGCAGGAUUUAAAAAACUCGAAGAGAGUUUAAAAAUGUCAUUUGUAAGCUUUUUUUAUACAUUGUACAUUAUUGACAGAUAUGAUAAGUAAUGACUCAUGUUCAUGAAAGGACAUUUUAUAAUCAUCCUUCAAUGAUGUAUAACGUGAGAUAUUUCAUAUGUAACGCCUUGUGUACAUCAAUCAUCAUCAGCAAGGCAUGGACAGCUUCAUUGCGUACAUUGAGAGAGUCGGUAUUGAAUAUCAUUAAUAUCCAAAGUUUUACAAACAAUGCAAACUAUGAUUAUUUAAAAGUGCAAAGUUUUAUGUACGAUUUU